GAAAAACUAAUUAAAGUUUCUUAUGUAUAAAAGAAAGCUGUACCACCAUAAUAUUAAUAAUUUAAAGAUUAUGAUAUUAGCUAUAUUUAUUCUUGACUAGGGUUUGUUCAUACAUCGUUUAUUUCCCUUUUUAUUCCGGAAUUUUGCAUAAUUACCGAUUUGAAUGCAAGAUUCUUAAAUAAUGAGGAAGUAUAACCGAUACCUUUUCUUCUUUUUCGAAGAACAUAGUGCAAUUAAAGAAUCCGUAUUCAUGCGUUUACCUAUUUCACCCCCGUUAAUCAUUGGAGACUUUGUUCCGGCAAUGGUGGGAUUUGCAAGCCGCGUGUGAGUCAUACACGACCCAUAUCCGUUUUUGAAUCGCGAUACCUUCGCAGCCGGCGCAAGAGCUUUGUUCGGAAUAGUGUUAUCGCUCGUAAAGAUAGCAACUACAAGAGGAACGCGGUUCUCCCCGUGCGCAGAGUCAGACCGUCGCGGAAGGAUACGUAGGUGGUUACCGAAGGACCUGGUGGGGCACCAGGAGAACAGACGGUCGCUACAGCAUGAGAAUGGAAAGGAGAAAGGGAGAAAAGAGAAUCCGGGCAGACCGGGCCACAAGCGAAUGCGGUGAGUAAAUGCGGCAACGGGGAAAAGAGGGAAACACAGGGAGAAGGAACGAGACGGAGAAAAAGGGAUUCAUGGUGGGGUUGGUGCAGCUGAAGCACGUGGGCCCUGCUUCGUGUGUCUCGUUCGGUAGUGCUCUCAGUAGUGCUCUCAGCUGCCCGUGGUGGACCUCACACCGGAUAUCCGUCGAGCCUGUCGCGAACUUAACGUGUCCACCGCGGCCGUUGAGGAUGUGACGGCUCGUACAACUGUUGUCAGGACCUCGCCCAGUCAUCACAAGUUUUUCAAGAGCCGAACGAUGACUCUGAAGAUACUGCUGGUGAGCUUGCUUAUCGCAGCCACAGCGGGCUCCGUCCUAUCGUCGUCGGAGGAUCAUCAUGGGAUACCCUCGCGCAGUCACAGAAUUGUUUGGCCGGUUUGGUAUCGCGACAGACAGCCCCAUGUUAGGCACGAUCGCCUUGAUGACAGGCGCAUCGUACGAGAGACGACAACAACUACUACUACCACGAGAAGUCCGUGGACGCUACGGCCACAGGUUUCCACGACGAGAUCACCGCAACAGAUAAACUCGGCAUCGAGGCAUAUGGAGCAACGGAUGCUGGAACAAAAGUUCAAUGGUGCCGUGGCGAUGGUGGAGAACGGUGGUACCAGGGCGAUAGCGUACGCGAGUUAUCACGGCAAUCAUCAUCAGCAUCAGCCAAGAGAGAUGGACAGGCAAGGCUUUCAGCCGAUUACCACAAUCGUCCCCCCGUACACCAGACAUCAUUCGGGGAGGCGAGUAUGCACUAGACAAGCUCCUGCAGUUUCUCAUCAUCACCGAGGAAGACAAAUUAGAUUAGUAUACACUGAGAUGACUUCCAGUCUCUUUUGUUGUCCGGGGUGGUCACAAGUCACUCACUUGAGUUUUGGUUGCAAUAAACCCGUAUGCUCAGCUCCAUGUCUAAACGGUGGAGUUUGUACAUCGCCGGGCAAAUGCACGUGUCCCAAAGGAUAUACAGGCAACCAGUGCCAAACAGACGUGGAUGAAUGCGUGACAGAGAAACCAUGCGGACAACUUUGCACAAAUCUACCUGGUAGAUACCGAUGUCACUGUAGAGUCGGAUUUCAACUUCAACAAGAUGGCCAAUCUUGUCGAAGAAAUGACACAGACGAAAAUGCUUUUGAAGCACGCGAUUUAGAGACUGAUUUAUAUGACGUGUCGGCAACAAAGGAUCCAACGACUUUUCACGAUACAGAAAAUGAAGUUAGCGACGAUGAUCAAGAUUACGGGGUUAUCUUAAAGAGACUGAUUAAAUUGGAAAAGCAAGUAGCCAGAAACAGAAAGAGAGAUACGGAGGCUUCCGAGAUGAACACCAAAGUUACACUGGCGGUCGAAAGUAUUAACGAGAUGAAGAGAACCAUCGAAAAUGUGCAAUUGAUGCAACAAGAAGUAUACGACAUGAGAAGCAAGAUAAGACAAUAUGAAGCAGAAAUGAGAAAGAUACAUCAUCUGAUGAAUCGCGUCACGGAAUUAGAAAAUCGCUUGAGAAUACGUUGUCCAUAUCAAUGAUUUGUAAAUGGUUGAACUUCUAACGUUGCUAAAACAUCACGCGGAAAUUAUUAUCAAUAUAUACAACCUGAUAUUAUAAAUGACGAAUAGUAGUACUAUCUAUUAUUUCAUUUGAUAUUAGUAGUAGAUAGCGUUACUACUAGUUUAACAAUAGAUAAAGAUAUAUAUAUAUAUAUCAUAACUUUUUGCGUUCUCGGAAUACGUGAAAAUAAUUAAUAAUACUUUUAAAUCUAGAGAUGUGUUUAUACAAAGGAAAAUGCUGUACAUUUAAAACCAAAAUAUUUAGUUUGAUUUUCAAUCUGCAAAGCUAUAUUGGUUCGUUUUAGACGCAAAGUGUUGACGUAAUAGUAGCCGUAUGAUUUACGCGGAAUUGUUUCUGCCGUGAAAUAUCACUGCCAUUAUUUAGCAUUUGUUAUAUUUUCAAGCUAAUAAUAGUAAUAGUACAAUACUUAAAUAUUAUGACUUGAAUUUGUAUUCAGCUUUGUAAUAAAAUGUUUGUAUUCUUUCAUAUUAAUCUAGAUUUUAAUGGAUAUGAAUGAAUAAUGAUGCACCAUAUAAUAUUAAAAUAACUUAUAGAUAUGAGAAGAUUAUUUUUAAUUACUUCUGAAGAUUUUUUAAUAGGCACUAUUAUUGAGAUCUCUCGUUCAGUUCAGUUAAUAAUAGUUUAAAACGAAAAUUGGUAAGUUA